AUGGUUUUGAAAUCUACAUCAGCAAGUGAUGUCUCAGUGUAUCAGGUUUCUGGUACAAAUAUUGCCAGAUCCUUACCAGAUUGGAUUGCAAAGAAACGGAAACGGUCAUUAAAGAACGAUUUAGAUUAUCAAAAUCGUGUUGAAUUAGUUCAAGAUUUUGAAUUUAGUGAAGCUUCCAAUAAGAUUCAAGUUACAAGAGAUGGACAAUAUUGUAUGGCUACAGGGACAUAUAAACCUCAAAUUCAUGUUUAUGAUUUUGCUAAUUUAUCGUUAAAAUUUGAUAGACAUACAGAUGCAGAAAAUGUUGAUUUUUUAAUUUUGUCUGAUGAUUGGACUAAAUCCGUUCAUUUACAAAAUGAUAGAAGUAUUCAAUUUCAAAAUAAAGGUGGGAUUCAUUAUGCUACACGUAUACCGAAAUUUGGAAGAAGUUUAGCUUAUAAUAAUGUAAAUUGUGAUCUUUAUAUUGGUGCUAGUGGAUCUGAAUUAUAUAGAUUAAAUUUAGAACAAGGUAGAUUUUUAAACCCAUUCCAAUUAGAUUCUGAAGGGGUUAACCAUGUGUCCGUUAACCCUGUAUCGGGGCUAGUAUCUGUUGGUAUGGAAGAUAAUAUUGUAGAAUUUUGGGAUCCAAGAGCUAGAGCUAGAGUAGCUAAAUUACAAUUAGAAAACCAAUUUGAUAAUGGACCAAUGCAAGUAACAACUACCAGUUUCCAUAGUAAUGGGUUAAAUUUUGCUUGUGGUACUUCUAAUGGUUAUUCAUAUUUAUACGAUUUACGUACCUCUCAACCAUCUAUGGUUAAGGAUCAAGGUUAUGGAUUUGAAAUUAAAAAGAUUAUUUGGUUAGAUAAUGUUGGUGUUGAAAAUAAAAUCUUGACAACAGAUAAGAGAAUCGCUAAAAUAUGGGAUAGAGUUGAUGGUAAAGCAUAUGCUUCAAUGGAACCAAAUGUUGAUAUCAAUGAUAUUGCUCAUAUUCCAGGAACUGGUAUGUUUAUGACUGCCAAUGAAGGGAUUCCAAUGCAUACAUAUUACAUUCCACAUUUGGGACCUGCUCCACAAUGGUGUUCAUUCUUAGAUUCUAUCACUGAAGAAUUGGAAGAAAAACCAAGUAACUCUGUUUAUUCGAAUUACAGAUUCAUAACGAAGGCAGAUGUAAAGAAAUUGAAUCUAAGCCAUUUGGUUGGUUCAAAGGUUAUGAGAGCUUAUAUGCAUGGUUAUUUCAUCGAUACAGAACUAUAUGAUAAAGUUGCCCUUAUUGCUAACCCAACUGCUGUACAAGAUGAAAGAGAAAGAGAAAUUAGACGUAGAAUUGAAAAGGAAAGAGAAUCCAGAAUUAGAACAUCCGGUGCUGUUCAAAAACCUAAAGUUAAAGUUAAUAAAUCUUUGGUUGAGAAAUUAUCUACUAAACGUGGUGAUUCUGCUGCAGCUCAAGUUCUUACAGAUGAUCGUUUCCAAGAAAUGUUUGAAGAUGAAGCGUUCCAAGUUAAUGAAGAUGAUUAUGAUUACAAACAAUUGAACCCAGUGAAAUCUGCAAAGGAAACCGACGAAGGUGCAGCAAAACGUAUCAGAGCAUUGACUGCCGCAGAAGAAUCGGAUGAAGAAAGAAUAACUAUGAGAGAACAAGGUCAUAAGAACCACUAUGAUGAAGGUGAUUCUGAUGAAGAUAAAUCUGAUAAAGACAGUGAAGAUGAGUCCUCUGGUUCGGAUGAAGAAGUUAAUGAACAAACAAAGAGAAAGAUACAGAAGCAAUUAGCUGCUAUUGAUCGUAGAAAGAAGGAAAAAGAAGCUAGUGAAACUUAUAUGAAUGAUAUGCGUGUAAGUAAUGACACUACUUUGAAUGGCGCAACUUCAGAAACCGAUGUCAGUUUCGGUAAACAAGUAAGGAAAAGACAACUUGACGAAAGAAAGAAGGAUGAUGGUUCUGUACUACAUAGAAACCACCAAGGUGAAGCUGAGUUAACUUUUGUUCCUAAGAAGGCACAACCAAAACCAAAGAAGAAAGUCACAAGAGAUUCAGACAGUGAUUCAGAAGAUGAAGAGAAGAAAGAUAACGGUAGAUCCAAGCCUAGAUUCCAAGGUAGAAGAAGUGCCAGUAAAAACACAUUCCGUGGUAUGUAA